AUGAUUAGGAUCGACCUCAUUGUUAUGCCACUCAUGAUCCUCACCUUCUUCACACUCCAAUUGAAUCGCGGCAACAUAGGGAGUGCACUCACCAACAACUUCUUCCAAGAUGUCGGCAUCACUCAGAACCAAUUCAACAUCGGACAACAGAUGUUGUCAGUCGGCAUCGUCUUGUUUGAGAUUCCAAGCAAUAUGAUGCUCUAUAAACUUGGCCCAGUGGUUUGGCUUGGACCACAGAUCAUUGCAUGGGGCUUUGUUGGCACUUUUCAAAUCUUCCAGAAAGGCCUGGGUGCAUUUAUUGCUACCCGUCUAUUGUUAGGUAUCUGCGAGUCAGGCUUCAUUCCGGGAGGGCUGUUCACCAUGACUCGGUACUACACUCGUGCUGAGAUUGGCAAGCGCUUUUCAAUCUACUUCUUGGGCAGCAUGGUGUCCGGUGCGUGCUCAGGGUUGAUGGCGUACGGCAUCCUCAAGCAACUUGACAAAAAGUCUGGACUGGCUGGCUGGCAGUGGAUAUUCCUGGCAAGUCUUUCCCUUAUCGAGGGUGUGAUGGCCAUUGGUGGCGGAGCGAUAUUUGUUUUCUUGUUUCCUCGAGACAACGCCAACCCUGUAAAUCUAUUUGGCUAUCAAUAUUUCAACGAGCGCGAGAGGUAUAUCCUCCUUCAGCGGCUCAUUCUUGACGACCCAUCGAAGGCCCGAAGAUCUGGACAGCAUGUGCCACGCGAAGACUUACGCAGGGUGUUUACAAACUGGCGCCUGAUCCCUCACGUCAUCGCAACCAUCGGAUGCCUUGCACCCGCCCAAAGUCUGGGUUCUUACCUGCCACUGGUGGUCGUCAGCAUGGGAUACAGUAACCUCAAUGCCAACGCCAUGAUUUCAAUCGGGGCGUGGCUGCUGGUCGUCAGUACCCUCGUCACGGGAUACUUAUCAGACAAAUUCAAGAUCCCCGGACGCUUGGUUUUCUUCAGUCUUCUGGCCUACUGGGCCUUCAACCUGGCCAAUCGACUUCUGAUAUAUAGUCCUGAUAGAACCACAAGGUUCGCAGUGUUGACGGUGGGCAUGAUGUUCUCAGGCAACUCACAUGCUGUCCACGGCUCAUGGCUUGCUUUGAACUGCGUGACAGAAGGCGAGCGGUCGAUCACCAUGGCGGUCCAUAUCAUUGGGGCCAACGUGGCUGGCAUCAUCGGCGCCCAGUUAUUCCGUCAAGAGGAUCGACCAUACUACCCCAAGGGAUGGUUGGCCAUUUUAAUAUUGAUCACCUUUUCGAUGGUGGCGGCUGGCCUCGCCAACAUCCAGUAUAUCAUCUUGAAUCGUCUAGGCAAACACCCCAAGGAACACAAGUACAGAUACUAG